AUGUUGUUAACAGAUGAAUGUACUGUUUUACACAGAACCAAGAUGUGGCUAUUCAUUACAGUGGCAUAUUUGUUCCAAGGAACUGUAUCUUCAGAGAAACUCAUAAGAAUGAAGAGAGAUCACGUGGAUCCUGAAGCAUAUAUGAACAUUAGCGAGCUCAUUACCUAUAGAGGGUACCCCAGUGAGGAGUAUGAAGUGGUGACAGAAGAUGGCUAUAUCCUUAGCAUUAACAGAAUCCCUUAUGGAAUAGAAAAUCAGGGGAAUACGGUUGUAAAGCCUGCUGUGUUUCUCCAACAUGGAUUACUAGGAGAUGCUAGCAACUGGGUCACAAACCUGGCCAACAAUAGCCUGGGCUUCAUACUAGCAGAUGCUGGCUAUGACGUUUGGAUGGGAAACAGCAGAGGGAACACCUGGUCUAGAAGACACCUCAAUCUUUCUGUUGAGCAAGAUGAGUUCUGGUCUUUCAGUUUUGAUGAGAUGGCUAAGUUUGACCUUCCAGCAGUGCUAAACUUUAUUAUGCAGAAAACUGGACAAGAGCAGUUGUACUAUGUUGGCUAUUCACAGGGUGCCACUAUAGCUUUCAUAACAUUUUCAACAAUGCCCCAGCUGGCUAAAAGAAUCAAACUGUAUUUUGCCUUAGCCCCUGUAACUACAGUUAAAUAUGCCAGAAGCCCUGCAGUAAAACUCCUGUAUCUUCCUGAAAAGUUUCUCAGGGUCUUGCUUGGCAGAAGGGAAUUAUUUCACCAAAGUGAAUGGCUGAGAAAGCUCAUUGUUUCCUUUUGUGGCCGCAGCAUUUUUGCUAAGCUUUGUGGAAAUGUUUUCUUCAUUCUGGGAGGCUACAAUGUGAAUAACAUAAAUAUGAGUCGUGUUAAUGUAUACGUAGCCCGAGCCCCAGCAGGAACAUCUGUACAAAAUGUAAUCCACUGGAGCCAGAUACUUAAUUCAGGGGAAUUCCAAGCUUAUAACUGGCGCAGUCAAACCAAGAAUAUGGCGAAAUUUGGUCAGACCACCCCUCCUUUAUACAAGAUAAAAGAUAUGACAGUGCCAACUGCAAUAUGGACUGGUGGACAAGACUUGCUUGCAGACUUAAAGGAUGCUAAUGUUUUACGCCCUCAAAUUAUUAAUCUUGUUCAUUACAAAAACAUUCCUGAAUGGGCACAUCUGGAUUUCAUCUGGGGGCUGGAUGCGCCGCUGCGCAUGUACAAUGAAAUCAUUGACCUAAUGGAGAAGCAUCCAUAA